AUGUUUCUGAACAGCGAGGCUACCCAGUUGAUCACGGCGAAUGAACCAGUCAGCAUUGAGGAGCCUUACUUAGUAAUAGGAACGAUCAACUGGUUCAUAGAAACUGUCAACGUUUUCGCUUCUAAGUUACUGUUUGCCAAUUCGUCUAGUUCACAAAAUUUUCACUUUCAUACAGUUGCAUCAACUAAUGUGUUUAAUUCAACUCGUAUACAUUAUUUAUCAAUCCUUCUGCGUCUCAUUCAGAUUGCGAAACUUCGUCAUUGUCUCUAUUAUCACUUAGUAAUAGCAUUCAGAACGAAGGACGUCCAACAACCAGAUGCAGUUGAGGUAUCCGAUAUUGAAAACCCUGGAUUUCAGUCUCAUCGUAUGUCAACCGACAAUGAGUAUAAUGUUUCUUCGUCGAAUCUAUUCUUCCCUACUGCUACUUAUCAACCGGCAACGUGUUUUUCUAAUCAUUUUGCUUCUUACAAUAGAGAAGUUAAUCAAGUUUGGUUUAAUUGUGGUGUUCAUUUGCAGUCAUUUCUGUCUGGUGAUAUAGAUUGCUCUUCAGGCCGAAAAAGAAAUAGUUCCAGCUCAAGAUUUGGUACAUGUUCUAAAGGAAAAGAAACACGUGUCUCCUCCAACUUAAGUAUUGUAAAGCGUAGAAAAGCAUUAGAGAACACAAUCGAAAGUCAAUGGGAUAACGUAAAUGAAAAUCAAGAUGACAAUUUAUCUGAAAUGAGUGAUUCAGCUGCUUCACAAGAUGAGUGUAAUGCAAUUCAGCAGAGCGAUUCACCGCAAAUCCCAAGGAAACAUGGCAAAAAGACUGUUUUUGUUAAAUCAUCCAAAAUGGCUAAAGUCAGUAGAAAAGCAAUUAAAUCUGAUAAACUCUGUGUGAUGCCAAGUUUACGUGAAUUGACCACUUGUUUUCGCGAAUUGGAUCUCAGUGCCAUUGUUUUAGGUCUAAGCUCUUGGCCAUGGAUAGUGAAGUGUAAUGAUAAUCAAGUAUCCAAUGUGAGUUCUAUUGAUUGGACAACACUUACUUGGUUACUUGAUGAAUUAAGUAUCCGUUUGGACUAUGUUAUUGGAAUCCCCUUACCCGCCACAAAUGGAUGGAAUGCAUUUGAGCGUUUAAACAAUCUCACCGAAUCUUCGAAGCUUGCUUAUUUCACUUAUAUUGUUCCUUAUCUUGUCUAUAUACUAGUGCAUGCAGUGGAUUAUAUUUCAGGUAUAGCUAAGCACGCAAAUUAUUCGAAGAACAAUGUGAGUGACACAGUUUUCUCAUCAGACUCAUCUGACGAUGAGCAUAGCUCACAGGAUAUUACGGAGUCCAGAAAGUCACAGUCGGAUGCACCUACUUCUGAAAAAACUAAUCCAAUUAAUGGAAGUAAAUUCAUCGAAAGUUUAUCAUCUGGAUUAAAUUGUCAGAUAUCAUCCAUCGUGUGCAUUUGUUUACGUUCUUUGUUGAUGUUCACAAAUGGAUUCAUAAAUCUCUCUCCCAACGUCGAACGAUAUUUAUUUGACAGCCCUGAUUCAUUAGCUAUCAGUUCUAUGACCACUUUCACAUAUAAUACCAUAAACACAUUUGCCAAGUGUUGUAAAUCGAACAUCAAUACAUGUGCUACACGUGAAAUUAUGAUAAAUGCAGAGGGUAUCAUUAGACCCGACCACUAUAAACCUAUUAAUCAUGAUUAUGAUGUAGAACAAACCACAUUGUUUAUGAAACAAAUGGAUGAAGUAGAUGGGAAACUUUUUGUUGAUAUUUACGAUGAAAAUCAUGACUCGCUGCCCAUUUUAAAAGAAAUAAAUAAUGUGCCUAGAUUUGCAGACAAUGCUGCCUUAUCUGAAAACCUACGUACAAUCAUCGAAUACUUGAUGAAGAAUUUAACACCAUCUCGUUUACCUAGUGCUCAUGCAGCUCUUUUACACUGCCGCCUUGUAUUUUAUUUGUCUUCUUUGUAUUAUGAAUGUCAAAACAGCUUAUCCGUCUCAUGUCAAUCAGAUGAAAAUACAUUUUGGGUUCCAGAUUUAUUCUCUUACACAAAAGAUGUGUUGAAUCAAGAAUGGGAAGCUUCUAUCAAGUUGAAAGACCAAACUUAUUCUGAGUGCCUCCAAGCUCUACUAUCAUUCCAUCUUCGUUGUCAGUUCUAUCGUUCAAAAAAGCUUUGUUCUUUAUCCCAGUCAACUAGUUUAUUAGUAGAUUUCACCAGGAGAGUUCUCGCUCCAGCUGUACAGUGUCACCAGAAUAUCAUUCAUCCGUUAUCUUCAAAUGGCGUUUCUGACAAUUUACAUAAUUCAUACCGAACUUUAAAUCGACAGACAAUCGAUAUAUUUUGCCGUGAGGUGUUGGAAAGUGUAGUCUGGAUUUCAAAACAUCUAUGUGAUUUGCCAAGAAGCAUAAACACUUCAGUGAAUCCAGUUCAUUUGGACGAAAGCUCUAUUGUUGCUCAGUGGAAUCAGUGUGUUGAAGUUCUGUGUUGCAUUACAGAUUUUUUUCGAAAGUCUGAACGAAUAACGGAAUCAAAUUCAAGACCCAGUAGAAAUUUUCCUUCAAACAAGAGCAAUUCAAUAAUUCAUUUACUACCAACAGUGAUGCGAACUGGACGUCUGUUCCUUCAAUUAUUGCUGAAAGGUGCUAUGCCUUUACUAAAUAAUUUGUUUAGACAUCGAGGUGUGGAGGUUACUACCUUCUUAAAAAACACACAACAAUUAACUCGUUUCCUUCAACGUAUAUGCAAUCACGCUAAAGCAUAUCGUGACUCUCAACUAACUAAUCAAAUUCCAGCUACAAGACGGUGUUUGGAAACGUUUGUUUAUAAAGUCAAGAUAAUGCUUUCACAAAACCGUUGCUUGGAAGCGUUUUGGCUUGGAACAUUGAAAAAUCGAGAUCUUCAUGGGGCUGAUCUAUCAGAAGAUAAUGAUUCUAUUGAGAGUGAUACUGAAUGCCCUAGCACUGGUUCAUGUUCUGUUAGUUACUCUAAUUCUUCUAGGAUCGACAUUAAUCGUUAUUCUGCGUCGCACUGUGUAUCUAAUACUAGCACUUCAACUUCAAGCCAAAUUGUAAAUGAAGGUCAUUCUAUCCCCGGUUAUGCAGAUGGUGAAUCAGAAGUAGAGGAAGAAUUUGAUUAUCAUAGUCAAAAAUGUGAGGGAUUGACUGAGGAAGAGGAUGUUAUUGACGAAAGUCCUAGUGACGAUAGUAAUCUGCUUGAAGCAAAUGAUGACUAUUAG